AUGAGCAGCGACCAGAAGAGCGACGUUCCUGGAGGCUACUUCGUAGGCCAUCCAACCAACCACGCCGCCGAGAAGACGGAAGAACCGCCACACGCCGCCGGCGAGCAGAACCCGGCGACCGCCCAAACUCCUGGCGGUAGGUUCAUGCUUUGCCGUUUCAACUCAUUCAUUCGUAUAAUGGAUCCAGACAUGCACACAUCGUUGCUCAGUUUGCUGGACUGCUGUUUCAUUGACAAAUUAAACUGGACCCAUUUAUGUUAUUUGUCCGAAUGUAAGAUUACUUCGUUGGGCGUCCGGGGAGCCAUCACAAGCAGCAACAGGAAGCAGUGCCGCAGCAAACCACUAAGCAGAGCACUCCAAGCUUCUUGGCCAAAUGGUAAUCCUAAUCUCUGA